AAUUGGCGUUGGCGGAAUAGGCCGAUGCUUCGCGUAAGGUCGGGUGGUGUUGCUCAAACAGACGGUGGAGCUUGGACUCGCCGUGUGAGCUACCCCAGGCAGCCGUCGCGAGGUGGAGCCGGGGGGGUGGAGGAUGCAACUCAAGUUGCGGCAACACAGACGAGCAGCCUAGGAUGCUGUUCUGGAUGGCAGAUGGCGCAGUGUCUAGCUGCCACACCCUCAUGCAAACAUGCUAUAAUGCUAAGACUGCGGGUUUAA